UAAUGAUGGAGAGAGAAAGUUAGAGAGAGAAUUGAGUGGUCAUCGCUCUGCGGUUCUUCACCACUCUUUAGCCUAUUUAUAGUUGCCUCUUCUCUUCUCCUCUCUUCAUUUCCCUGCCUUUCGACUCCUUUUCAUUAUCAUCCUACACCUUUUCAUUAUCAUCUUACACUCUCUCAUCUACCCUUCAUAAUACGCUUCGAAAUUCCUCCCAAACAGAAUGGGGAGUAAUGAUGGAAAUGACUAUGGUGCUUACACCUAUGACAAGCUUGAGAGGGAGCCGUACUGGCCGUCGGAGAAGUUGAGAAUUUCGGUCACUGGAGCUGGUGGUUUUAUUGGAUCCCACAUUGCUCGGCGUUUGAAACGUGAAGGGCACUAUGUCAUAGCUUCGGACUGGAAGAAGAAUGAGCACAUGACCGAGGACAUGUUUUGUAAUGAGUUUCAUCUUGUUGAUCUUAGGGUGAUGGACAAUUGCCUGAAGGUCACGAAAGACGUUGAUCAUGUGUUUAACCUUGCUGCUGAUAUGGGUGGCAUGGGUUUUAUCCAGUCUAAUCACUCUGUUAUUAUGUAUAACAAUACAAUGAUCAGUUUCAAUAUGCUCGAGGCAGCCAGGAUCAGUGGUGUUAAAAGGUUCUUCUAUGCCUCAAGUGCGUGUAUCUACCCUGAAUUCAAGCAGUUGGAAACUGAUUGUGUUAGUCUCAAAGAGUCUGAUGCUUGGCCCGCAGAGCCACAAGAUGCUUAUGGUUUGGAAAAACUUGCUACCGAGGAGUUGUGCAAGCAUUACACUAACGAUUUUGGAAUUGAAUGCCGAGUUGGAAGGUUCCACAACAUUUAUGGUCCAUUUGGCACCUGGAAAGGUGGUCGGGAGAAGGCUCCAGCUGCUUUUUGCAGGAAGGCUAUUACUUCUACUGACAAGUUUGAGAUGUGGGGUGAUGGGUUGCAGACUCGAUCCUUCACCUUCAUUGAUGAAUGUGUGGAAGGUGUACUUAGAUUGACCAAAUCAGACUUCCGAGAGCCAGUGAAUAUUGGAAGUGAUGAGAUGGUUAGCAUGAAUGAGAUGGCUGAGAUUGUUUUGAGCUUUGAGGAUAGGAAACUUCCAAUCCAGCAUAUUCCUGGCCCAGAGGGUGUCCGUGGUCGUAACUCUGAUAACACUCUGAUUAAAGAAAAGCUUGGCUGGUCUCCAACCAUGAGGUUAAAGGAUGGGCUAAGGAUAACAUACAAAUGGAUCAAGGAAGAGAUCGAAAAAGAAAAGACUAAAGGUGUGGACCUGUCAGUUUAUGGGUCUUCAAAGGUCGUGACCACCCAAGCUCCAGUUCAGCUAGGCUCUCUACGUGCUGCUGAUGGCAAGGAAUGAUGUAAUUUUUUUUAAGUGAGCAGAGAAGCCGUCAACUGUUUUAGAUCGUAUAUGGGCUCCACUGCUUUAUAGAUAGUCAAAUGCCUUUUUUGCUAUAUGCUUAGAAGUGAUUUUUGUUACUGUUUUUAUUAAGUGUUCUUCUUGACAGAAAUAUGGCAUUAUUAAUGCAGCAACAAUACUCUAUAUUAUGUUCGUCAUAAGUUGGGUAGCAUUACUGAUAAUAGUGUAAAGCCAAUAUCAAGAGUGUUUUAGAAGAGCAUUAUGAUUCUCAUUUUCAGGUCAUUUUGGAACCUGAAAAUGUCGAUUGUGAACUCUUACAGUCUUACAUAUUACAAUUUUCAAGUUCUUAUGGAUAUCCUAAGUUUUGGAUA